GACUAAAAAAAAGUUGUUCGACUUGAACGGACGCGCAUUUCGUGGGAAUUUAACUUGGUGAUAAUUUAAAGGCGAAGACGGUACAGUGAAGCAACAUCAAGAUGGACUGCGGCACAUCUAUGGUCAAAUACAUCCUCUUCAUAUUCAACACCAUUGUGUCGAUUAUCGGAAUCUUGAGCAUUGUUUAUGGCGUGCUGAUUCUGAAAAGCAUCGGUCCAAUCGAAGUUAAUGGACAAGUGGGCUUCCCGCCACAGGCUCUCAUGCCGAUCAUUCUUAUCAGCUUGGGCUCGAUUGUGGUCUUCAUUUCAUUCCUGGGAUGCUGCGGUGCCAUUCGCGAAUCCGUGUGCAUGACCAUGAGCUAUGCCGUCUUCUUGUUGAUCCUGCUGAUCCUGCAGCUGACGCUCGUUAUUCUGCUGUUUACCAAUAAGGAGAAGUUUGAGAACGCAAUGGGAAACGUUAUCGAGAAUGCAUGGAUGGCAGACACUACUCAUAAGGAUGGUGUCUUCGAUACCAUUCAGAAAUCGUUGCACUGCUGCGGAUCAAGCUCUGCUCUGGACUAUGUUGCCAAGGGAGAACUGCUGCCCUCAAGUUGUUGCAGCGGCUCGUGCCUGAACCCGGCCAACUACUACCCGGGAUGCCGUGGAAAGUUCAUCAAAUUAAUGACCGCUGGAUCUGAGAACGCUAAAUAUGUGGGCAUCGGCCUCAUCGGAGUGGAGCUGAUCGGCUUCAUCUUUGCCUGUUGCCUGGCCAACAAUGUGCGUAACUACAAGCGCCGGAACGCCUACUAAGCAAUAGAUGCAUCCAUCAACCACAUCUAGAGGCACACUCACAUCCGGUAGCACACACUCCUCACAUUCUCAUUAACUUUACAGUCGUUGAACGCACUUACACAAAGGGAUACAAUAACACCUUGA